AGGCGAUGGUAUAGUAAUGUAAUACGGAGUUGUCAUAACGCUUUCGCAAGUCUCCGUAAAAAAUUUGUCCAAAGUUUGAUCUUCCUUAACUGCAUAGUUCUACCAACGACUUAGUUUAAGSUAAGGCAUUAAAGCAUCCAUUCUUUAGGCCGUAAUCAGAUAGAAAUCAUGGCAUGGAUUGCUGUGAGCAGAGCUGAUUUAGAUGAGGCGGAUCAAAAGAUCGUUGACAGCGUCGACAGUGGUUUUGAAGAAUUAGACUACAUAAGCAACCCAGAUACUCUUGAUCAAAGGCUUGCAAGGUCGUACUGGAAUAUUAUGAAAUUGGAGGAUAUUGUGCAUUGGAGCAAAGCCUACAAAGACCUCCCCUGUGAAAAGCUGGCUGCCCUCUGCAAGCAAGUCACUGUGGCAACCACAGGCCCUGGAGACGGAAUUCGAAACGUUUCAGUUCCAAAAGAAUGUAUAGAAGCAUUUCGGCCUGAAACAAGUGGGAGCCAUCACUUUAGACCAAUCAGYGAAUGGUCYAAACGACAUGGCAGAGCCUACGGUAUGGCUACUUCAUUAUAUGAAUACAAUCAAACUAAAAACCACUUUGAGGGGGAUCCAAUUGCAGACGUUUAUGCAAUCGUAGCGCGUCCAAACAGUUGUAUUUUGUCAAUAGCGGAUGGGGUGAACUGGGGCGAGAAGUCUCGACUGGCUGCUCGUUGUGCUGUAGCAGGAUCCGUUCAGUAUCUCCAACAAUACUUAAGUACAGCCACUAACACACACCAAGUCAUGCAGUUACUUCUACAGUCAUUCGAAGCUGCACAAGAGUGCAUCAUCAAAAAGCAAGCUGCUAUGACAACGCUCUGUACUGCARUUGUUUGUGAAGUCAAAGGCAGUGACGAAUGGGCUUUGUGCAUGGUGAACGUAGGAGAUAGCCUAGGAUACGUUUAUAAUGAAAAGGACGGUGUUCGUGAGAUUACUAUUGGAUCACAUGCAACCCUUCGUGACAUGCGAUGUCCCGGUGGCUCUUUAGGUCCUGUCGAUGGCUACAAUCCCGAUUUGCGUAACUUGACCUUUUCUUACACUAGAGUUUCUACCGGAGAUAUUGUAUUCUUGACAAGCGAUGGUGUGUCGGACAACUUCGAUCCGGUUGUAUCUCAAUGCAAUCACUGUCAAGGACUUCUUAAACCCUGUUUGAGUAUGGAUUCUAUCUAUGAUAAAAUUAAAACUUCAAGUAAUGCUACGGUUACUAAAGAGGACACGAAAGUUAAGACAGACGUAGAUAAAAGUUCUUGCUCUGAGUGGGAUGUUCCUGCAUUGCGACAACGGAAGGUCUUGUCUGAUAUGAAAGAGAUAAUUGAAAAAGAAAGUCCAGAUGAUGUUCCAUCAGCCCAAGGACUCUGUGCUAACUUGAUAAGCUACGUUUGUAAGUGCACUGCUUCGAAGCGAAACUUCCUUGAGCGCGUAGAUAGAGAAGAAUUGAGACCUGGUCCUCUUCGCAGUGUCAGACAAACAGAAAUGAGAGAAUUGCCAGGAAAACUUGAUCACGCCGCUGUUGUUGCAUUCGAAGUAGGAGAAUUCCCGGCAGAACCUUUGAAGAUGGUUCCUUCGGGUCAAAACAAAGUACACGUUUCGUAGGUGGCCACGAUAACCACGUGAAGCAGUCUCACUUACUGCGCAUGCGCUCCAAGACUAUCUAUACUUUUAGACUCGGUGCCUGCACAUUCGAAAGUGUAGAGCAUCAUAACAGUGUACAUGAGCAGCUAAACAAAUGAUUGAAUUCCAAAUACAUGCAUUUCAUUUAAUUGUAAUUUAAUUCAUUCGAAUUUUUCAUCCUAAUUACACAAGUUCGUAGUUUAUUUUCUUGUCUUUUUUAUUGGAACACUGUCCUUUCCUGUUAAGGAAAGAACAGGAAAUCGUUCUUUCUUUACUUAAUUCACUCUUCCUAUUUUCUGCUAUAUAGUUUGAACUGCUCUUUAGCAAUUAGGUUUGUCCUUGGAAUAGUGUAUUUUAUUUUAUUUUUUUAUCGGUACACUUUCCUUUCCUUAAACGUUCUUUGUUUACUUAGUUUACUCUUCCUGUUUUCUGUUAGUUUGAACUGUCCUUUUGCAAUGAGGUUUGUCCUUGGAGGAAUGA